AUGCGAAACCUAGGAUCGCGCAGUUCGAGCCAUCUGCAGGCCGCUUCGAGAUCACAUGCGCAUACAUGGUGUCAACAACAUGAAGUCGGGAUGGAUUCGGCAUCACAAAAGUUGAGUAGCUGCCAAAUCACCAGGCACACCUGGCACGACAGACACACCUGGCACGACAGACAACACUCCCUGCCCGAGGACGCCUUCGCAUCGCAACAUGUGAUCUCACCCAGUGCUAGCCUACCAGGUUUUCGUAGAAGCGCCCUGCUUGUACUAGCAUGCCUUUGGAUCCAACCUAGCAUGGCUGUGCGAAUCCCCUUUGACAAUUGCCUGCCGGACAGCUACAUCGCUUCGAACAUGGACAUACCGCGCGACAGCGUGCAGCUGCAGUUCGUUCCGCUGGUCCUGGAUGCGGUCUUCGACAACCAGAAUACAACCCAUAACUUGCUAGUGACCGUAUGGGGGAACGUGACUGGAAGAGUUGGCAGCGAGGAGCUGCCUCCAGCGGGAUCGCCUGACUGGAGUGACCCCGAGAAGGUGCUUUAUGGCAAGAUACAAGAUGAUCCAAACGCGAGCGCCCCGAAACAUUUCGCCACUACACUGCAAUCAGAAGUCGACGUCUUGACGUACCAGCCUUAUUCCAACUUCGCCUACUUCUGUGAGAGCAUCUUGAAUAGCACCUGUCCUCUGGCUCCCGUGUUCAAUACCACACCUUUUAAUCUACCAGCGGAACCCUAUGGACUACCUUCGUUCAACCUGUCCAAGGACUUUAGUUCUAGUUACGCCUUCACUUCAUUCGCCCCUACCAUGAUCAUCAAGUACGGUGAUGAGGCAGGCACGUCAAUCGGGUGUGUGUCCGCAACAAUUACGCCUACACUCGGCGGUCUCGCAUGGUUUCUUAAGUUCCUUCCACUAUUUAGUCUGGUUCUAGUAGGCUUCGCAACAGCCUUUGCCGGUAUCUUUAGUCCAUGGGGUACGAGCGACGUCUUCCACUGGACGUCCAACUAUGGAAGAGACCCUGAUCUGCUUCGCUUGGUGACCCCUGGAUUUGGAGACUGUCUACAGUAUAUCCAGUUCCUCACGCUGACUGGUGGCCUCACCCUCGAGUAUCCUGGCUUCUAUCAGCCAGUCGCAAGCCACGGCUCAUGGUCUACGCUGAUGUUCAAUGAGAGUUUCGUGUCCAAGGCUGAGCCCUUUCAGAGUGUGGUUGAUGGCAUCUAUGUGACCGAGGGCAACUACGGCCUUGAACACAUUGCGCAACUGGAUGGAAUGGGUGAGGUCGAGGAUAUCUGGGCCGGCAUGAUCAUAUGGCUUCUCGUCAUCAUCGCAGCGGUGCUCUUCGUCAUUCAGCUCGGGUUCCUAGUUCGGUGGUUUCGACGUUUUAUCGACAAUAUUCCAGAGGAGGAUCUUCGAGCCAAGAACAUCCCUUUCUCCCUGGGCAACAUCGUCCGCCUCGUCUUCAGCUACUUUCUGUUGCCCAUCGUUGCCCUCUCCGCCUUCCAGUUAGUGGUUGCAACACGAUCAGCCGGAGUCCUGGUGGCAAUGGCUGUCAUAACACUGGUUUUGAUCAUAGGAUUUGCUACCCGGCUCAUGUACCUCAUAUGGACCACGAAACCACGGGCACACCUUUUCGAUGAUCUCCCCACAGUCCUCCUGUAUGGGCCACUUUAUAACACAUACUCGGACGAGGCGGCCGCUUUUGCACUGAUUCCCAUCAUUCUGACUAUUGUGCGAGGCUUUGCUAUCGGCGCUGUUCAGCCAUCGGGAACAGCACAGAUAGUCAUCCUGGCGGUUUGCGAGGUUAUCCAGAUGUUGACAAUCAAUGCCUUCCGCCCUUUCCACUCAGCAACCUCGAUGAACGCUUACCACAUGGGAUUCUCGAUACUGCGAUUCAUCUCGCUUAUCCUCAUGGUGGCUUUCGCCCCAUCUUUAGGUUUGACCGAGGGUCCCAAGGGAUGGAUUGGCUACGCGAUCUUGCUGAUACAUGGAUGCGUGCUCCUCUUCGGUUUCGUUCUGAACGCCCUCCAGACUAUCAUUGAGGUCAUUGCACGCCUAUGCGGUGCAGGUGGAGACAAUGUUCGUGGACAGACCAGAGGAGGCCUGUCCAAGAUCUUUGGUGCCCGUCAACUGUCGAGGCGACCCGCUGGCAUGGAUCGACGGGGCGGACCGUCUCGACAAAGCCAUCUUAGCACCACGGCUAUGCUCGAUAACGGGAAUGCUUCUAAGAGAGGAUACGGACGCAUUAGAAGUGGGUCUGCAGGAAGCAUGGGCAUCUUGAUGAACCAGAGAAGCUCGAGUGCUCUGGACGCCCGAAGUAUAGAUGCGUACUCCAUCCCGAUGACCGGGGGCGGCAACUACACUCCGACGACACCAGCAGAUACCAGUAGCUUCUCGUUCUUGCCGACGCCGGGACAGGCCACUCGUCCCCAGCCAACGGCUGAUCCGUACUAUCGUCCACCCCGGGCCCGUCGGGGGACUCUCGAUGAAGCUUUGAUAUCGUCGCCCCAUGGGGCUCGGGACUCAAUCACUAGCAUUGAUCUUGCGACCCGACGAAUGAGCCAAGCUGGAAGUCCUCUGAUCGAUGCGGAUGAGGUUCCAGCUCCAGGGAAAAUGACGCCGGCACAAGCACCCACACAAGCGCCCGCACCCGCACCUGCACCUGGGCCUGCGCCUUAUGCACCAGUGUUUGCUCCACGUGCUGACUACUCAACGCGGGAGGUUGACUUCUAUUACGGCGUACGAGGACCGGCCCUCAACUCUGAUGGUCCCGGUCGUAAGCUGGGCACUGGACCAGCAGAUCCUACAAGCCCAGUGGCAACGGCGACAGGCUGGAUCAAGGGGCUUUUCGGCGGCAAAACUAAGGAGAAGGGCAAGGGCUUUGAGGUUGUCAGAAGCUCGAGAAUGCCGCCGGCAAUGAGGGCCAGAAGCGGCGAGUUCAGCGACGACGCGCCUCCCGAAGGCAUCCCUGUUGCCAUGGGUGUUCUGCGAAACGGGCCCAUAGACAGCGAUGACGAAGAUGAAACUCCAAAGCCCAGGGGAAACGAGCCCGUGAGCAGCGAUAGCGCCCCAGGGGAGUUACUAAUUGAGACUGCCGAAUCUCAGUCUGAAGAGGAGAUAGACCCGAAGAACACGAGAGUGACCAAAGAAACUCCGCUUCUUCCUGACCUUGACGCCGGUGAAAGCUUCAAAGUGCCCAGUCGAGCCCAUUCAAAAGCCAGCAGGAAUCCGUCCACGCGAACGCGGCCUGGGGCUAGUGAAGCGCCGGACGUCCCCGAGGUGCCAAGGAAGAGCUCGAAACGCAACUCGAGCGUGGACGGCAUGUUGAACUUUGUGGCACCUUCUGAGAGGUCAUCAUCACAAAAUCGAACGGACGGUGCUCCCAACGAGCCGCAUUCUGAGCUCGGGGCGCCGGCGAGACUACCAUUCGACCGAAGCAACUCCCAGAGGCGCCUUUCCGGCUCCUCAACCGCACCCACCGAGGAUUUGAGUCAAUUGACUUCAGCUGACUUUAGCGCCGAGGGUGAAAACGAGCGGCCUGCCAGCUACGGUUACGUCCACCAGCGCAACAUUAGCAGGAUAGACCCAGAGCAGCGAGCCGACUUUCUGGGGAGCGCCGCCGAGCUCAUUAAUGACCCCAGGAAACUUAGUCUCUCGAACUCGUCGGUUUCUCGGCGCUCUUGA